AUGGCGGCUCCAUCCUCGACAUUGCCACUCGGUUUCAAACCCCCGCUGACAGUCAACAACGAUGUAAACCACAAUGGACUCAUCGCCGUGAUUACCUCCUUUUCGCUAUUUCUAGUUCUUGGUUCACUAGGCAUCCGCGUAUAUUCUGCAUACAAUAGAAAGGCUCGACAAAUGGAUGACCCGACCUUCACGGCGACAGUGAACCAGGUGAUCGCAUUGGCUCAGAUGACCACCGUUUUCGUUCAAAUCCAUUUUGGUUGGGGGAAGACAACGUCGUUGAUUGCCGACCAAGAUCUCAUCCCUAUGAAAAAGGUCAGCAACUUGAUUCUCCGUGUAAAUCAAGGGAUCUCUAUUGACCUACUGUCAUUUCAGGCAGGAUACAGCGCAGAUAUUCUGUAUGUCACAAUCCUACCGCUGUCAAAAAUAUCAACCUUGGUCUUUUACCGCGUCAUCACCAUGCGGAGCUUGCAAUGGAUGGCCUUCACGGUUCUUGCUUUGGUAACCCUGUGGACACCGGUGGGGGUUAUAUUGCUGGCGAUUCGUUGUAACGGGGAUCCAUGGGGCGAUAUUACUUCGAGAAGGUGUCCGGCACUGUUCCCCCGGUGGCAGGCAAUCACGGCCAUUGAUAUUGUUCUCGAGGUUAUGCUCGUGCUCUACCCCGUGCGAGUGAUUUCACGACUACAAACCAGUCUCAACAAGAAGACUAUUGUGCUUGUCAUCCUGAGCUGCCGUGUGCAAAUCAACUCAACAACCCCAUCUCUUGAAGGCAGCAUUGCGACGAUCAUGGCAGAGUUGCACAUCGCCCUGAGUGUGCUCGUUCUGACCGCACCCCUGAUGAAGCCGUUUCUCGCCGCGUACGUUGAUGAAGAUGGAUUGGCCUAUACUGACGAUUCUUUAAAAACGAGAAGCCCGGCCAGCUCCCGCUCUCGAAGACUGAAAAUUCUUCGACUAUCAACAACACGCGAUUCUGAAACCCUAAACCCCGAUGAUACCAUACAUGCGACUGUCGGGUCGGGAAACAUCUUGAAGAGUGUGCAAAUCUCAGUGGACCGCGAAGCAGUGGAGCUACCAGAUCGGAAUGCUUCAUGA